AUGAACAUUCACUCAUUCUGCUUGUCAGCACAUCAUAACCAUCAGAUCAAAAAACUGGAUGUCAACCAAUUAAAUCAACAUUUUUCCAAUAAUGAGACCCAAGUGCAAUUUGUCCCUCUGUAUGACAGCAGUAGUGCGUUGAAUGUUUUAAUCAAAGGCCAGCAUGUCACAGCCUGCAUGAAAGCUAAAAGUGCCAUAUUGCGAAACAACCCAGUCAAGGCCAUCUUGUCCGUAGAAUCACCUACUAUGGAUGCCUUGUAUCAUCCGGAAAUUAAAGGUUCUCUCACCGACAUUGCUCAAGAGUUUGAGGUAGAGGUCAAGGUCCAUGCAACUUCGGAAGCCCAAAUUCACAUGGUUGGAUCAAUUGAUUCAGUUGAAUUGGCACGCGUGAAGAUCCUCGUGCUAUUAGAUCAAUUGGCUGGAUUAAAUGUAGACACUCUGCCAGAUAUACCACAUCACUUGCACUUCCUGAUAGCAGGCCGCAAACAUGUGCAAUUGCAGGCGAUCAUGGAGGAGACAUCGACCAACAUUUACUUGCAAUCACCUCUUUGCAACUUGCUUGAAGAAAAUUCUCGCAAUGGCAUGAUAUAUUUAACUGGGGAAUCGCCAUCUGAUUUAGCUAGAGCCAAAGAUUUACUGAAGAAAUUGGCAGCUCAAAAAAUCAAGUCGAUGCAUCGCAAAGAUUCCAAUAUGGAUUCUAAGAAGUUGGACUGGAUUCUAUUGAACAAAAGAGACCAACUUCGAAAAAUCAUGAGAGAUAAUGGCUCGUAUUUCAAGUUUCCCAUAUUAGGUUCUGGUAGCAGCUCAAUUUCCAUUUUUGCGGAAAAUAGAAUCUAUGUUGAGCGAUCCAUUCGCUUGCUGAACCAUCUGACUUCCAACAUUUACGAGGCUUCAUUUGACCUGAUCAAUCCUAUACAGAUCCAAGAUCUGCCAUGUGUUUUGUCACAGCUGUCUCAAUCGUCCGGCGUGGAUAUCACGUAUCAACCGCAGGCUAGCACGGUGGCACUGUUUGGUACCGAAGCCCAAGUAUGUACCGCCUACAGAUUGCUAGGUGAUAUGCCGUUUGUCAAGGGGAACCAUCAAUUCACCAUGUUUUCGCUGGAACUCGCAACGGACCAACGUGAAUUUGUGAGCGGCAAAAAGAAUGGCAAGAUUAACAAGAUCAUGAAGACCUGCGCUGUUACUAUUCGUUUUACUGUUUCAAAUGAAUAUAACUCUUACAUCAUUGUGGAAAGCACGAAUCACAGCAAAGCCCUGGAGGGUCUCACCAUGCUCCAGGAUGAACUUCCUGCCGAAACCUCGUUUUACGUUCCCGAAAUCUACCAUCGUCGCAUUAUUGGUGUUGCUGGCAAAAACAUCCAAAAGGUCAUGAAAAAGUAUGGCGUCUAUGUCAAGUUUUCAGGCGCUGAAGAGUUUGCCUCGCUUGGUGGGUAUUUUGAAAACGAGGAUAAUGUGGUAGCCCGCACACCCAUGAAAAACCAAAUGAACCUGGAGCAUUUGAAACUCUCUGUUACUGAAUUUAUUGGAUUUCAAAAGGACAAGGAUUUCGUGUCGACUGUCAUUGCUGUUCCAUAUGAUUUACAACGCAUUCUGCCUUCCAAGUAUGGCGGUCAGUUGCGUGAUAUGUGUCGCACAAACAAUGCAAAGAUUUGGUGGCCUGAGCGUCUGGGCUCUGACAAUGUGGUGAUCUAUGGUCCUCAAACACAAAUCUCUUCUGUGGCAGCCUAUUUAGCUCAAUUUGUAUCUAGAGAGAAUCAUAUUGCUAUUGCCUUGUCUGGAGAUAUGGAAGUGGUGCUCUCUGACCCAAAUUUUGUCUCCAAUAUCCAAAUGAAGAUCCACACAGCACUGCAAGACAUUGAACUACUUCAAGCUGUCGUUGUUGAGCAACCAAACUACAAAAAUAGCGUGCUUGAAUGGAAUUCAGGCUAUUUGAUUGACAGCAGCAAAGUCAUGGUGUUCAGGCUGCUAUGCCAUGAUGCGAACCAUAUCAAUCAAGACAUGGAGCAAGCCAGAGAUAUUAUCAGAGCCCUGAUUGAAUCAAAGAAAUUCCAGUUUAAAGAGCUUAGCCCUAUUGAACAAGAGCCAGCUUACAUAUCUCAAGGUAGCCAUUCUACCGCUGUAUAUAAGCAAUCAUGCAUUAACUCUGUAUCAGAUGUACAAAACCAUCUUUUGCCCUCUUCUAUUUUAGCCAACACACCAGCCAUGUCUGAAGAUCCCAUGUUUGAUAUGCUUGAUUCCACUAUACCAAGCCCUCCAUUAUCUGAAUCUUUUGCGACUCCAUACCAUCCUCAUGACAAGUCAAUGCCAUUCAUUGCAUCAUCCUUACUUUCAGCGCCAUUCCCUACUGCCAGGAAUAUUUGGGCAUCACCACGUAUCCAGAAUAAUAACACUGUGCCUCCUCUAGUUCAAAGUGGUGAACAAAUGUAUCGCACGAGUCAGUACCCCCCUGGUAUUCAACCACCUCUCUCACCACCACCUCAGCAGCCUUCAUAUCACCAUGCAUUCUCCGUAGUACACCAAGGAUCAUCGCUGUUGAGUCAACAAAGAAACCUUCAUAUAAGGCCCUCUCAUAGUGCGCCCACCAUUGGUACAAGACAUCAACCACAGCAUGACCAGCAGCUGCAACAGCAACCUCACCACAAAUCUUGGCCAGAUGUCUUUUUUGGCGGUCGUGAUUUAUUUGAUAACCUACCAUCUAGAAGAGCAUCUGCUAGCACGCAAUAUGCAUUUGAACUUUACCCUAAUAGCACGACCACAAGCUCAACUUCAUCACCAUCUAUGCAUCAACAGCAGCAACAGCAGCAACAGCAAGGAUACCAGCAUAGCAAACCAUUACCCAUGAUGAGCAAAUAUCAACAGCAAUUCGAGAUGCUUGCACAAAAUUCGCCUUUUGUUUAUUCCAAUGCUCCCCAAUUUUCACAUUCGUCUAUCAAUGGACCUCCAUUCAACAACAUGGAUGGCCAUUAUCAGGACGCAUCAUACACUAAUUUCAAUCCUCAUUAA